AUGACAAAAAUUUGGUCAACUUUUUCUCGUAAUUUUGCAAAGUUACUUGAAGACUCUGAAGGUCAUGACCUAAUUAUAAACGUUGGUCAAGAACCUAUAAUAAAGCCUUUUAAAGCACAUUCUGUCAUAUUACGAGCACAUUCUCCUUACUUUCGUAGAGCCUUAUCAAAGGAAUGGGCUAAAAAAGAAGACGGAAAAACUGUGUUUUACAAGCCUAAUGUAUCUCCUCCUAUUUUUGAAAUCAUUCUCAAGUUCACUCUCAUGACCCGGGAACAAUUCCGUGAAAAAGUUUGGCCCUUUAAAGAUAUUCUUCCGCGUAAGAUGUGCGACGAUGUUUUAUGGCAUUUCUUAAUGCCUGAAAUACAACCUAGCCAAUUUCAUCCAAGAUUAAAAACUAUUGACUCUAAACUUAUCACUUUGAAACAUGCUUCUUUAAUCGCAACUUGGAUUGACCGUAAAGAAGGCAAGCCUUAUAAACAUACCGAUAUUCCAUAUGACUUCACUUUACUUAUGCGUGGUUCACGUGAUGGAUAUUCUCAACAGACUCUUCAUCAACGUUGCGGCGGUCAAGCUAAAACCAUAAUGUUAAUGAAAAUAAAGUCUACUGAAGAAAUAUUUGGAAUGUAUAUCUCUAAUAUUUGGAGUAAUACUUCUAGUGCGAGAUCUCAUGAUAGUUUUAUGUUUUCUUUUGGUGAAGGAAGAGAUACCAAAGAUCCCGUGUUGAGUCGUGUACGUGCUGCGGGUUACGAUCUCGCUUUAAGCAGAGGUCAAGAGAGAGGAAUGGACGAAUUGGAAAUGUUCAAAAUUUCCCCAAAAACGGUGUUCAUGUUAUGA